AUGUUUAUUUGGCAGAGAAGCAGUAUUUUGCUAGGAAGGUCAAUUCUGGGCAGCGGCCGAACUACUGUUGCUGGAAUCAUUGGGAUCGGCAAUAAGAGAUCUAUGUCCUCCUCCCCCUCCUCCUCGAAGGAGUCAGCGCCCGUGUUCACCUCGAAAGAGUUGGAAGUGGCACGAAAGGAAAGACUGGAUGGACUGGGGCCGUUCGUGUCUCGGUUACCUAAGAAAUGGAUACCUUAUGCGGAGCUGAUGAGGCUAGAGAAACCUGUGGGCACGUGGCUGUUAUAUUUGCCGUGCAGUUGGUCUAUACUUAUGGGAGCCAUGAUGCAAGGUGCUACAUUGGGCGCAACAGCUGGCAUGUUGGGUAUUUUCGGUGUUGGUGCACUGGUAAUGAGAGGUGCUGGCUGCACAAUCAACGAUUACUUGGAUAGAAAGUUGGAUCAAAGGGUUAUCAGGUCUGUCGAGAGGCCUAUUGCUUCUGGCAGAGUGAGCCCCCGUGGAGCAUUGGUAUUCUUGGGAGCUCAAACUCUGGUCGGAAUGGGUGUCCUAUCUUUGCUUCCUGCCCAGUGUUGGUGGCUGGGUCUCGCAUCUUUGCCCAUAGUGUUUACAUACCCUUUGUUUAAGCGGUUUACGUACUAUCCUCAAGCUGCAUUAAGUGCAUGUUUCAAUUGGGGGGCAUUACUCGGGUUUCCAGCUAUGGGUGUAAUGAGCUGGCCCACGAUGAUACCUUUGUACUUAAGCAGUUACUUGUGGUGUAUGACUUACGAUACCAUAUAUGCGCACCAGGAUAAAAAGUUCGACAUCAAGGCUGGAAUCAAGUCUACCGCCUUGGCUUGGGGUCCGCGCACGAAGUCUAUCAUGAAGGCCAUGUCUGCAUCUCAAAUCACGCUACUAGCUGUCGCAGGUCUGAAUAGCGGAUUGCUAUGGGGGCCCGGAUUCAUUGGUGGACUAGGAGUUUUCGCUUAUAGGUUGUUCAGCAUGAUAAAGAAGGUAGACCUUGACAAUCCUAAAAACUGCUGGAAAUAUUUUAAUGCAAACAUCAACACUGGGCUCUACUUUACGUACGCCUUAACAGUCGACUACGUCUUGAGACUGCUUGGGCUCUUGUAA